AGGGCCCGGGCCCGGCCCUCCCCUGCGGCAACCCAACCUGUUCCUCACCUGCCCGCGCUGGCCUGGGUGUGGCCCACCCGCCGGUCUAUUGAAUCAGGCGAAGCCACCGCCCCAUCUUCCUCUUUUCCUUUUUUUCCGGGUUGGCUGUUGUUGUUUUUUACCUCCCCAGUGUCUCUGCCUUCGUGCUGCUGUCUGGAGAGCAGAGCCCACGAUGAAGCCCACGACCACGGAGAUCCUGCUGCUUCUGCUGACUGCCUUCCCUCUCCUGGAGGCAAAUGAUCCUACAGAUAAAAACAGCCCUUUCUUUUAUGACUAUCAUUCGCUUCGUGUCGGUGGCAUGAUCUUUGCUGGCAUCCUCUGUUUUAUCGGAAUUGCUAUCCUGAUCAGUGGAAAAUGCAAAUGCAAAAAGAAACCCAGUGUCCAUGCCAUGGUUCCUGUAAAGAAAACCUUUUCAGCUACAGAGUGCUGAGUCAAGAAAAUGGCCGCUUCCUCUGAGAAGCUAAUUCUGCCUCUUGUCCCUCUCCUUGAAAUGGCUCCUAUCUGCUGGUGGCGACAGGCUGGUCCUUUUGAUGUUGUUCUGGGCUUUCGCAUCCAUGUCCAAUUUUUAUAUAUAUAUGUAUAUAAUAAAAGCUGCUGCUUUUUGGAAA